CCCUUUUUGUCAAAUGCAUAAAAGAUACUUAUGAUGCCGUGGUUAGUGACAACAAAAUGAAAACGAUUGUCGAUAAUUUGUCAUUUUUAUAAAUAAAUAUGACAUACGACAUAUUACAACACGGCAUAAUUAACCGCCAAUUAUUGCCGCCCGCGCCCGCCAACAACAGAACAAAUGGCAAAAGGGACAAAAGGGUUGAGCAACACGUUGUUUUGUGCACGUUAAGAAAGGAACAAUUAAAUAUUAAAUUAAAUAGUUGGUGGCUUGUGACUUCGGCUCGGGGUAAAGUGUGUGUUAAAAAAGACUAGUAGUUGGUGGUGUUGGUGCCCGUGGCUUGUGGCUUCGGUUCAGGUAGGUAUAUUGUUUGGUGAAUUAGUAACCCCAAUAAAUAAUUGGUGGACAAAAAUGGAGGGAAUGGAAUCUGCAUCUGCAACAUCACCACCUGCCAAAACUUGGACGGUUGUAAAAUUUGUCGACGAUUCGUCUGUCGCUGCAGUGCCAACAAUAUGGAUAAACAAUCACCAAUGUCUCUGGCCUACGUUUGCAGCAGAAAAAUUGACUGCAGCUAUCAAAGGUCAGAAGUUGAAUACUUAAUAUUGGCCAUCACAUAAAAUAGAAAUCUUCAGGAACGCAACAUAUGAUUCGUAUGAAAUUGCACGUCAAAAGGCAAAAAAGGCUGAAGAUACAAGUGACCUUAAUACAGAUGUUGAUGAAUUCUCUCAAGCAGGAAAAAGCAUAAUAAGAAAAAAAAAAAAAUUCUGAUCCUUCUGAUGAUAACUCUGACAGCGAAGUUGACUUGAAUCCAAAAACAAAAAGACAUGGUUCGAAACCAAUAAUGCCUUUAUUAGUCCAAGGCAAAUAUGACAAAACUAAACAUGUGAAAAACACUAAAGAACAAAACAUGUCACAUACGUCAGUAGAUGCUUCUUUGAAAAAAAGCGAAAAUUAUUUAUUCCAAGAAAUCAGAACAGGCGUCAAGGAAACUAAUAAUAAUAAUAAUGAAGCCUCUAAUGUCACUGCAAUUGAUUCCGCUAAACAAAAUACAAAGUGUCAGUGUUAUUGCCCACAUCAUGCUCAAUUCAACUCUGAAAUUUUAAGACAGCUCUUCUUCCUACGCAGUUUAUAUACAGAGUUGUUAGAUGAAGUGAAAAAAAUCAAAGAAGGGCCUAAUCAAGAUGUUCAUGGACAUGACGAAGUAUCUAUUCUCCAAAAUUUCAAUCUGCCAAUUGCUGCAGAAGAAGGGUUGAAAGAACUUGACAUGUUUUUAAGACAAACUCAAAACUUUAACAGAAUGCAGUCUGAAUUGUGCAAGGUAGGGGGAAGUAACCUCUUAGACUUUGUGAAGAGAUGUAUGGGAAUGUUGAUAGCCAACCAGUUAGCAGCUACAUUUAGCUGGUUAGGGAGGAGAAACAAGAUGGGGUUCAAAAACUAUGAGAUGAUUGUUGAAGUAAUAAUAAAUGCUGCUAUCAAGACAAAUAAGUGCAAAGACAAAAAUGAAGCAGAAAAAGAAAUUGCUCGUUGGCUGCGCAGAGCCCCAGAUCGAUUAAAAUAAUUCGAUAAGACCAAAAAAACAAAAACGACUACCACAAGUGAUACUGAAGCACUGGAUGAAGCACAAUAAUAAUGUAUAAUAUUAUAAACCAUCAUUUUCAAGUACACUUUUGAUGGAAAUAGAACUUUGUAUUUUUGAUCGUUAAUAAAACUCGUUUUUAUAGGUACAUAAUUUUAUUUUAUAUUCAGG